AUGGUGUACUGGCAGCCUUGGGCUGAAAUUUCGACUGCAGUCAUUAUACUUAAUACUCUGCUUAGCCCCUAUCUACGCAAUGAAAACCCAUCAUACUCACCUCCAUACUACCCUUCUCCGUGGACAGAUGGCUCUGGAGAGUGGGCUGAAGCCUAUGAAAAGGCUCGCAAUUUUGUUUCAGAGCUCACACUGCUGGAGAAGAUCAACCUAACUACGGGUACUGGAAAUGAACAGGGAAACUGUGCAGGAGAAACAGGGUCUAUACCGAGACUCAAUUUCUCGGCAAUUUGCUUCCAAGAUUCUCCAGCCGGCGUCGGCAGUGCUGACUAUUUUGUGACCGCAUUCCCCGCUGGUAUCAACGUUGCUUCUGCUUGGAGUAGAGAUCUCGCUUAUCGUCGAGGUCGGUUGAUGGGUGAAGAGCAUCGAGGAAAGGGCGUCGAUGUCCAGCUAGGACCAGUAGUUGGCCCACUGGGCCGAGCCCCUGAAGGUGGCCGCAACUGGGAAGGAUUCGGGGUGGAUCCAGUAAGUGCUGGUAUCCUUGCGGCGGAAACAAUUAAGGGAAUACAAGAAUCUGGUGUAGUCGCAUGUGCGAAGCACUUCAUCGGGAAUGAGCAGGAACGAUAUCGCUGGGCAGCAGAAUCUGCCACUUUUGGGGAACCGAUUGCUGAGGGUUACAGUGCAAAUAUUGAUGAUAAAACCAUGCACGAGCUCUAUCUCUGGCCAUUUGCAGAUGCAGUCCGCGCUGGUGUUGGUUCGGUGGUGUGUGCAUACUCUCAAAUAAACAACAGCUACAGUUGCUCAAACAGCUACAUAAUUAAUAAGUUGCUCAAAGCGGAACUAGGGUUUCAAGGAUUCGUCGUGUCCGAUUGGGACGCAAUGUAUGGUGGCGUCAGCUCAGUAUUUGCAGGUCUGGAUAUGGCUAUGCCAGGCGAUACAGUAUUGGGAGGUACGGGAUAUUCCUUCUAUGGAUCGAAUCUAACUAUUGGAGUUCUGAAUGGCACUAUUCCGGAGUGGCGCUUAGACGAUAUGGUAACGCGUAUAAUGGCUGCCUUCUUCAAAGUUGGUCGUGACAAAACCCGAGUCCCGGUCAAUUUCAAUUCGUGGGAUCUAAGCCAGUACGGGGAUGCCCACCAUCUAGUUGGUCAAGGAAAGGGGACUUUGAUCAAUCAGUACGUCGAUGUUCGGGGUAAUCACUCCAGUUUCGUCCGGGAACUGGGUGCUAAAAGUAUUGUCCUGCUAAAGAACACAAACCACGCCCUGCCACUGACUGGAAAUGAGAAAUUUACGGCUAUCAUUGGUGAAGAUAGCGGAUCUAAUCCCGACGGCCCUAAUGGAUGCACCUAUCGUGCAUGUGCCAGUGGUACGCUCGCGAUGGGAUGGGGAAGCGGUUCUGUCGAAUUUUCCCAUCUCAUUACCCCAGAACAGGCAAUUACCAAUGAGAUCACAUCAAGAGGCAAUGGCGUGGUAACUGCAAUCACAAAUAAUUACGCGAUCGACUAUAUACAAAAAAUAGCCAAAGUGGCAGAUGUCGCUCUAGUCUUUGUGAACGCAAACUCGGGUGAAGGGUUCCUUGAAGUUGACGGUAAUAUCGGAGAUCGCAACAACCUGACACUCUGGAAGGACGGCGAUGCCUUAAUCCAAAAUGUUGCCUCAAUCAACAACAAUACCAUCGUUAUACUCCACACUGUCGGCCCUGUACUUAUGACAAACUGGUACGACAACCCUAAUGUUACCGCGAUUGUCUGGGCAGGUCUUCCAGGCGACGAAAGCGGUAAUUCGCUUGUUGAUGUUCUAUACGGUCACAUCAAUCCAGGUGGCAAGACUCCAUUUACAUGGGGUUUAUUACGAGAGUCGUGGUCAACACAUGUGACUACCAAUCGUAGCACUAGUGAUGUCUUCGGUACUCAGAUUGACUUUGAAGAGGGUGUUUUCAUCGACUACCGAGACUUUGACCGCCAAAAUGAGACACCGAUCUAUGAAUUUGGUUUUGGGUUAAGCUAUACGGAAUUUCAGUUUUUAAAUUUAUCAGUAACUCCAAUCUACAGCUCUUCAUCGAAGUACAUCCCCACCACAGGACACACAAAGCCCGCCAAACCUGCUGGGACAGUUUCCAUAAGUAGCACUAUCAGUGACUACGUUUUCCCCAAAGGCUUUCGAAGAAUACCACUGUUUAUUUACCCGUGGCUGACCUCAAGUUGCUUGAAGAACGCCUCUGGAGAUCCGGAGUAUGGUGUGUCUGUUGAUUCGUGGCCUCCGCAUGGUGCCACAAACGGGUCUCCACAACCUCGACUUCCAGCAAGCGGAGGUCCUGGAGGGAAUCCGGGAUUAUACGAAGCAUUGUAUUCUGUCUCUGUGACUAUCCAAAAUUCUGGCCAAAGAGAUGGAGACGAAGUUCCUCAGUUGUAUAUUUCUCUGGGUGGACCGGAAGACCCAAAGGUUGCGCUCAGAAACUUUGAGCGAAUCACUAUUCCUGCAAACGGACUGCAUACAUGGACGGCGAAUAUAACGCGACGAGAUAUUUCCAACUGGGAUCCAGCGAGACAAGACUGGUUUGUCUCAGAAUAUGAGAAAAUUGUGUAUGUUGGAAGUUCUUCACGGAAGCUCCCUCUGAAAUUCACUCUACCUAAACUGUAA